AUCGAUUCGUCGGUUCAGUCAGAACGACAAGAACCGGAGAGGGAGGACACAUGCACACCGGAUCACCGGGGCCGCACCGAAACCAGUGGACACGUCUUUUUGACAUAUGGUGAUAUUUAUAGGUCAUCUGAUAUACGAAAGGCUUUUUUAUCAUGAGUGAAAUAUGAGAUCGAGAGACAUGAGCUCGCGCGCACCGGCCUGAUCGCGCGCCGGGCCGAAUCAAAUUCAACUCAGAGAUAUUAAUCAGCGGUUAUUAUUGCAGUUAUUAAUCAGCAGUAUUCGUUUAAAGCAUUAGGCGAUAGAUUGUGGUCAAGAGAGCGAGAGGAGGCGUGUGUUAUAGUAAACACAGCGAUGGAUCCGGACACAGCCGCAGACUUCACCGUGGAAAACGUGGAAAAGGCCCUGCAUCAGCUCUAUUAUGAUCCCAACAUUGAGAAUAAGAACCUGGCUCAGAAAUGGCUGAUGCAGGCUCAAGUGUCUCCUCAGGCCUGGCAAUUCUGCUGGGUUUUACUGAGACCAGAGAAGGUUCCAGAGAUCCAAUACUUUGGUGCUAGCGCCCUUCACACCAAGAUCUCCCGCUACUGGGGCGACAUCCCCGCCGAGCAGUACGACACACUCAAAACACAGCUGUUUUCUCAGAUUGCUCGCUUCGCCUCUGGCUCUAAGAUCGUCCUGACCCGCCUGUGCGUGGCGCUGGCGUCCCUGGCCCUCAACAUGAUGCCCGAGGCGUGGCCGGGGGCCGUGUCAGAGAUGGUGCGCAUGUUUCAGGAGGAAGGAGGCGAGGUGGACGGCCGCGCACGCUGUUUGGCUCUGUUGGAGCUCCUCACGGUUCUCCCAGAGGAGUUCCAGACCAGCCGACUGCCGCAGUAUCGUAAGGGACAGGUGAGGGGCGCUCUGGGCCGCGAGUGGACGGCCGUUUACCCGCUCCUGCAGCAGCUGUUACGGCAGCCGGACUCUCCGCCGCUGGUGAAGGCCCGUGUGCUCAAGUGUCUGUCGAGCUGGGUUCUGCUGGACGUUCCUCUGAACGAGAGCGAGGGGUUGGUCGAGGCCAGUUUCACGGCGCUGGCAGAUCCGGAGCUGUUCGAUACGGCUGUGGAGGCCAUCGUCAACACCAUCUCACAGCCCGACUCACAGAGGUACGUGAACACUCUGCUGAAGUUGGUGCCGCAGGUGCUGCAGCUACAGGAACAGUUACGAGACGCCGUACAGAAUGGAGACAUGGAAACAUCGCAUGGCAUCUGUCGAAUUGCCGUCUCUCUAGGAGAGAAUCAUUCAAGAGCUCUGUUGGAGCAGGUGGAGCACUGGCAGAGUUUUCUGGCCCUGGUAAAUAUGAUCAUGUUCUGCACGGGCAUCCCUGGUCACUACCCCGUCAACGAGACCACCAGCUCUCUUACGCUUACCUUCUGGUACACACUACAGGAUGACAUUAUGUCGUUUGAGGCGGAGAAGCAGGCCAUUUAUCUGCAGGUGUACAGGCCUGUGUAUUUCCAGCUCGUAGACGUUCUGCUGCACAAAGCUCAGUUCCCUACGGAUGAGGAGUAUGCUUCUUGGUCAUCAGAUGAGAAGGAGCAGUUCAGGAUCUACAGGGUGGAUAUAUCCGACACACUGAUGUAUGUCUACGAAAUGCUGGGAGCCGAAUUACUCAGUAACCUGUACGACAAACUGGGACGACUCCUCACCAAUACAGAGCAAACAACAACGUGGCAGCAUACGGAAGCGCUGUUGUAUGGAUUCCAGUCUAUCGCCGAAACGAUAGAUGUGAACUAUUCUGACGUCAUCCCAGGACUCAUCGGUCUCAUUCCAAGAAUCAACAUAAACAAUGUCCAGCUGGCUGACACGGUCAUGUUCACAAUCGGAGCGUUGGCAGAGUGGUUGGCGGAUCAUCCGGUGAUGUUGAGCAGCGUUCUGCCGCUGGUUUUGCAGGCGCUGGGCAAUCCAGACCUGUCUGUUUCCAGCGUCUCCACGCUAAAGAAGAUCUGCAGAGAGUGCAAAUAUGAUCUGCCCCCGUAUGCCACCAAUAUAGUCGCUGUUUCACAGGAAGUGCUUAUUAAACAGAUUCAUAAGACGAGUCAGUGUAUGUGGCUGAUGCAGGCUCUGGGCUUUCUUUUGUCUGCGCUGCCGGUGGAGGAGAUCUUGAGGAACCUUCACUCUCUCAUCACCCCGUACAUCCAACAACUGGAGAAACUAGCAGAGGAGACGCCAAACCCCUCGAAUAAACUGGCAAUUAUUCACAUCCUCGGACUGUUGUCCAAUCUCUUCACCACGCUGGACAUCACCAAACAGGAGGAGGAGUCAGGAGACAAUGCGCCGCCCAUCAAAUCAGCCCCGCCCCAGACAGGCCCCAACCCUGUGGUGGUGGUGCUCCAGCAGGUCUUUGCGCUGAUACAGACAGUCCUCAGUAAAUGGCUGAAUGACUCACAGGUUGUGGAGGCAGUGUGUGCCAUCUUUGAGAAGUCUGUGAAAACUCUCUUGCAUGAUUUUGCCCCCAUGGUGUCUCAGCUGAGUGAGAUGCUGGGGCAGAUGUACAGUACCAUACCACAGGCAUCUGCGCUGGAUUUAACACGCCAGAUGGUCCACAUAUUUGCCAGUGAAACAAAUCAUUUCCCCCCAAUUAAAGCGCUGUUUGAACUGGUCACUUCUGUCACUCUGACCAUCUUCCAGCAAGGGCCCAGGGAUCAUCCUGAUAUUGUUGAUUCAUUUAUGCAACUCCAAGCUCAGGCCCUCAAACGGAAGCCCGAUUUAUUCUUAUCAGAGAGUCUUGAUGUUAAAGCCGUGUUUCACUGUGGAGUGCUGUCACUAAAAUUUCCGGAAGCCCCGACAGUCAAAUCUACCUGCCUUUUCUUUACGGAGCUAAUACCACACUGCGCAGACAUUCCUCCUGUUGGUCAGGUCGUGCAGGAAGAUGGUAAACUUCUCCUAUUGGCUGUACUGGAGGCCAUCGGCGGUCAGUCGUCCCGCAGUCUGAUGGAUCAGUUUGCGGAGGUGCUCUUCUGUCUGAACAAGCAUUGCUUCGCUCUGCUGACCGUGUGGCUCAAAGAAGCUCUGCGCUCGCCGGGCUUCCCAUCCUCACGCGUCUCUGACGAGCAGAAAAACACGUUCAGCCAACAGGUGCUCAGGGAGCGAGUGAACAAGCGGCGAGUGAAAGACAUUGUGAAGGAGUUCACCCUGGUGUGCCGUGGCCUUCACGGAACCGAAUACGCAGCGGACUACUGAGCCACCACUCAUACGGACACAGAGUGUGAGGAAACCCAAAAAGUACAAAAAAGUACUCCCUGAAGCCCUCAGUGCGACGCGAAUGACACGUGUCAGAACAGACCAUCCGAGAGUCAGGAUCUUCCUCCAAACUCGUUCCUUCUCGCACUCUCUCUCUCUUUCAACCACUGUCUCAUUGGAUUUUGGGGCCUCUGUAGGGCGAUCUGAACAGACGACAUCUCCGCCCCACCCCCCCCGCAUCUCACGGCAUGUUCGCUGGAAACCGUUCUUUGAUUCUCCCAUGUUCGAUCGAUCUUCCGUGGCUCCUGGGCUGUUUUCCUUGUGAUAAUUUGCAUCCGUUUGAACAAAGAAAUAGUGUUAGUUAAAUGUUUUUUUAUUUUUAUUUUGGAGAUACUGAAAUAAAAAGCAUAUAUAUACACAUAUAUAUUAAAAUAUAUAUAAAUGCACAUAAUAAUCUAGUAAACUGUGGGGUGAUGAGUCCGUGUGCUGCUAACAGAGAGAGGGACCAAUACAGACUGAUUUUUCUCUGUGGCUUUAUAUCUAUCCUCUAUAUCUCUGUCUGUUUAACCCCUCACGCUCGAUUCUGCCAAAAUGUUGUGGACGUUUUUUGAAAUGAAAUGAUUAUUAUGAUUAUAUAUAUAUAUAUAUAUAUAUAUAUAUAUAUAUAUAUAUAUAUAUAUAUAUAUAUAUAUAUAUAUAUAUAUAUAUAUAUAUUAGAAGGUCAGCAGCAUAUUUGGUGACUAGUAGAGACUGGGCUUUACACAACGAAUAAGAGAGAGAUCGGUGCACUAAAAUUCAUUAUUAGUCAUCAUUUAUUACCAUCAUAACAUUCCUAACCUGUACAAUUUUUUUUAGAAAUUCAUCUUUGUGUUACACAAGGAUUAAAGUUGUACAGGUUUAUUUGCAUUACUUUGAUGAGAUGGUGCUUAAAUUCCUUUUUGGUUAAACAGUCCUUUUAAUGUCAGUAGGUACAUGAACACACAUCGUGGUACCAGUAAACAUUUAAUGUGCUUUUGAAAAGAGUUAUUAAAGGUAGAGUUCACCCAAAAUCGCUGCAAAUUUGCUGAAGUUGUACUCUCUCUCAGGCCAUUUAAAAUGUAGAUGAGUUCAGUUUUUCAUAGGAAAAGAUUUGAAGAAAUGUAUCAUUCCAUCACUUGCUCACCAAUGGCCCCUGUGAAGCGAAUGGGUGCCGUCGGAAUGAGAGUCCAAACAGCUGAUAAAAACAUUACAAUAAUACACAAGUAAUCCACACUACUCCAGUCGAACAGUUAAUGUCUUGUGAGUUGAAAAGCUGCAUGUUUGUGAUGAACAAAUCAAUCGUUAAGGUGUUUUUAUCUUUAAACUGUUGUUUCCUCUAUCCAUAUUGUAAAAAAGGUUGUGCAAUGGGUGAGAAAUAUGACAGAUUAAACGGCAAAAAAAUCAAUUCCAAGCAAAUACAUUUUUCCAGCGGAGCAAGUAUUAAUAAUUAUAAAUUCUUUUUUUUUUUUUUUGUCCAGAAGUGGGAGGUUUAAAGUUAAAGCCUCCUAAUGAUGGGUUUGUUUAUGUUAAUAAACAUGCUGCUUUUCUUUGCAUAAGACAUUAACUGAUAGACUGAUGUGGUGUGGAUUACUUGUGUAUAACUAUGUUGUUUUUAUCAACUGUUUGGACUCAUUCUGACGGCACCCAUUUACUGCAGAGCAUUCAUUGGUGAGUAAGUGAUAUAAUGCUAUAUUUCUCCAUCUGUUCUUAUGAAAAAACCUGUCCUGAAGUUGAGUAAAUUUUCAUCAAAUUUCAAUUAUAGGGCAAACUAUCCUUUUAAACACAUACCGCCUGUGUCUCUCUCUUUUUCGUUUCCUGCCCAGUUGCUUGCCGACAUGUAGCAUGUGUGUGGCCCAGAAUGUGUCGUAAUCAGUGGACGAGGGCUGUUCUAUCGUGUUUGUUUACUAGCGAAUCACAGAGUGAGAGCAAAGGGAGAGACAGAGACAGAGGAGUCAAAUGUACAUUAGGUUUUUUGUUUUCUUUUUCUUUUUUUGUACCUUGUUUUAAUUUAUUAAAUACAUCUGAGAUGGCA